GAUACAAAUCGACGACAUCCGUUGAAAGGCGCCUGUCCCUCCCCGUGUCACUCCGUCCCUCUCGUUCACUCUCGUCGCUCUUUCUCGCCGUCACAGUGCACCACCGAUUUUUCUACGCGCCUGCCUGUACCUUCUCGCCAGUGUGACUCAUAAUAACGCGGAUGUCAACGUGCAGCGCAUGAAAGAACGAUCGUAUCUGAAACAUCUCGGAGUCGUUAGAAGAUUGGAGAACAACAAGGGUUGCACACAGCUCUUUGACCAUCCAUAAGAAAAAUGAUGGAUUUAGAUCCACCAGAAUUUCUCUCCAAGGACGAUGAGAUUCAAUAUUGGAUGGACCUUGCUAACCAAUUGCUUCAAAGGAAAGAUGAUGUUGAACGGGAACUAGAAGAGUUUCAAGAGAAUUCGCAAAUGCUGGAGAAAGAGUUGGAGACCUCCUUGGAGCAAGCGGAAAAAACAAAUAGAGAAUUGAGACAGAGAAACACGAGACUUGCCACAGAAGUCGAACAGUUGAGGACACGACUAGAUCAGCAGUCUGCAGAUUGCGCCAUGUUUCAGGGAAAGGCGCAAGAUUUACAGCAACAACACGAGCAUUUACUGAAAUAUAUUAGAGAACUUGAACAAAAAAAUGACGACUUGGAAAGAGCACACAGAAUCAAUAGGGUCACUGAGGAGGAAAUAGAAGCUAAGUUUAACUUAGCUAUAGAAAAGAAUGCGUUACUUGAAUCAGAACUCGAUGAAAAAGAAGGCCUAAAAGUCAUAGUCCAAAGACUAAUGGACGAAGUUAGAGAUUUGAAACAAGAGAUACAAGUACACGAAAGGCAUCACGCCGAUAAUAACAAGUCUGCCGAAAGAGUUCGUAAUAGUAUCGUCGAUAGUAAUAAGCUACAGGCUGAAUUGGAGUCAAAUUCACCCGCUAGCCAAAUAACUCCACAAACUAUACCUCAGAAUAAUACGACGACUUCACCGAUAAAAAUUGGACACGGGAUGGUAGGGGGUGUUAUUGGGAACAACAAUAACAAUAUGAGCCAACCAUUGCCACCCUGCACUAGAAUAUUGGCAAUGAAUAUGAUUGGUGACCUUAUGCGAAAAGUUGGGGCGUUGGAGAAUAAGCUGAAUACGUGCAGAAACGCGUUUCGAGAAGAUCAAGUUCGUCAAGAUCUCUACAGAGCUAGACGACAGGUCCGAAGCCCAGCUACAGGAAACAACAACCACAUUCGAUUAUAAGGAUAUAAUGGAGAUAGAUUAUAAUGGGAAGGAUAUAACGAUGCAGCGAUCAUAUGUCCGCACAUCACGUUACAAUCCCGAUGUUAAAGUUAGUCGGAAAUUUUUUUAAUUGUUUCGAGUUUCUGUUGAGUUAAUCACUGAAAUUCACGCGAGAUUAAAAGACGCCCUGUCGUGUCCUGGCGUAAAAAACCGUUUCUAAUGUACAAGGACACAACGUAGUAAAAUUUCCAUGUAUUCCUUGGCUGUUCGGGUUUCCCGGUAGCGGUAUUGCGUACUGUACGUCAAUGACACUUUGUCGCGAUAUCUGAUGAGAAAAUAUCAUGUAGAAUAAUUAUAAUGGCAAGUUGAUGACUCAUUGCUGUAAUAUCUGUUUGUUUCAAGUAUGAGAUAGGUGUCGAUGACUACUGGUUUUGGUAACGAUAUUUUUUCAACGAUAUCGAUAAAUGUCAUUGACAGAAGAUGCAAUAUCACGAAAGUGUACUAUAAUAUAUAGUGUUUCUCUUUACGUUUUUGUCACGAAGAAAAAAGAAAAUAUUUUAUUAGAAGAAAAAAAAUUCAUACAUACAUAAACUUGUAACACUUUUGAAAAUAUAUUGGUACUGACAACUUUAAUCGACUCCUAUACUAUUGCUAUUGUUCGAGCCUAUUAUGUGCUGCAUUAAGAUAAUAAAUAUAUAUGAUCGCCACGCAUACAACAACGUGUAAUAAACUUAUAAGCGUGUAGUAAACGAUAAUUAAUUGUCAUGUAAAUAUAACAGAAAAUAACAAGAUAAAAAAGUAACAAAGUAUCGUUACUUAUAUAUCCAAAUAUUUAUAUAUCUGAAUCAGGUACUCUUUCUCUUUGUAUUAAUUACGUCGAGACAUCUUCCUGGUGGUUUCCUACUCCGACACCGUGCGACGCUAUGAAAGUCGCUUAAAUAAAAAAUUUGUAAAUAUAUACGCAUAUGAGUGAAGGGCUUGAGGCAAUAGAAUAUCAAGUCACGCGAAAAUCUUAAUUCUUUUUUAUGAGAUCGAUGGUCUCGAUAUAAUCUUGUAUUCAUAUUAAAGAUAUAAGGAAUAGCCGGCAAAGUAAAAUAAUUACUCGUAUUCAAUCCGUGGAAUUCUUUAAUUUGUUCUUUCCUUAAAUUUCGUGACUUACUGUAUUAUUGCCUCGGAGCACUUUGUGUGUAUUGAAUAAAAGUAACAGAGAUAGAACAAUUAUUAUUUAUUAAAAGAAUGGAAUAUUUGUGACGUUUGUAGGUAAUUACAUAAUAAUUUAUUAACUUAGUAAUUAACGCGUAGGAUAUAGUAUAAUUUGUAUUUACCAUUUGUCUAUAAAUAAUUAUUACGUAUCUUUGUAAAAAUGUGUACUUUUAGCGCUUUGAAUGUAUUUCUAUAUAUAUAUAUAAUUCUAUUUUUUUAAUAUUCCGUAAAAUAAAAUUCCUUAAUUGGAAAUAACUAUUUUUUGCGAUGAACGAUUGGAUCGAUUCCAAUAAUUGAAAUUUUUGUUUAUUAUAGCAAAGACUAGAAAAAUAUACGGUUGCGUCGACAUUUAUAACUAAAGUUUAAUUCUUUAAACUGUAAGAAAAAAAAGAAUCAUCGGCAGACAUAAAAAAAUUGUUCCGGAUAGAAAAAUCAUAAUCGAAUUUUACUAUUAUGAGAAUGUGAAUUACACUUAAUAAAACUUAUUAAUUUAACGCAAA